AUGCUACGAUAUAGAUACGGUGUGUUGAGGUAUGCUUCUAGGAAAUCUCACAAGGCUAAUAAUUCCUCAAAGGCAGCAAGCGGUACUUUCGAAGAUGCUGGUAUAUUAGCAUCGAAAGUCGCCAUUAUCAGGCAAACCCCACAGGAUAAUUUAAACACUGCUGGUUCUAACACUAAGAGAGGACAUUCAAGUAUAAAGACUUCUGAUCUCAGUUUCAAGGCCUUCCAGGAUAGAUUGACAGAAGUUCCCAAGAAUAUAACAGGUGAUACUUCCAAACCUCCAAGAUUGCAGCAUUCCUUGGCUAGAUGCCUUUAUCAACCUAUGAACAUUGUACCGCUACGAGAUGAAAGAACUAACGUGUUCAAUUUCACACCGUUCUUGGAGUACGUUAUUCGAGUUGAAGAUUUUAACUUUGAUAGUAUCGCGCCGUUUAUCUCACCAUCUGAUGACGUUAGGUUGAGAAAUAUUACUAGGGAAAUGGAUAAGAAGUAUUGCUCUUCUACGAGUUCUAUGACAGGUAUACUCUCCCAGCUUCACUUUCUCAUAUCUAAUUUCAGGCCUCUGAAUUUAGAACAGUUAACAAAGACGAUUCAUCCGCAACAUAGUACGUUCACAUUAGGUGCUCGUACAGCUACCGCAUUUAUCUUGAAGAGGGCUGAGAAAGGGGGAAACAAAUUCUCUAUUUCGAGUGAUAAAUCUAUCAAUAGGGAUAUCAUUCUAUCCAAACUAGGUCAUUGUUUGGAGGCAUUACUUACCACGGAAAAGAGUGAAUUUAAUAGCAUUUUCAAUAAGAAUUUCGAUAACGUCAAACCUCAGAAAUCUGUGGACCACUAUCAUUAUGCCACGAUCGGUGACUUCGUAUUGAGAUCGCAACUAGAUGCAUGGGAUCCAAAACUACCUGGAACUGGUGUUUUCGACUUGAAAACAAGAGCUGUAGCUGCAGUGAGGCAUGAUUUGUUCCAUGUGGAGAAUAAUGAAAACUAUACUGCAUAUGAGAUUAAUAAACGGUUUGGGAAGUUUGAAUCCUUUGAAAGGGAGUUCUAUGAACUGAUAAGAAGCACUAUGCUCAAAUAUUCCUUACAGGCUAGAAUCGGUGAUAUGGAUGGUAUCUUUGUCGCCUAUCACAAUAUCUCCAAGAUUUUUGGGUUCCAAUAUAUUCCCCAAGAGGAGAUGAACUAUAUCUUACACUCUAACGUGGAUACCAAGACCAGAGAAGAUUUCAAGGUCAGAGAUCGUCUACUUAAAUUAUUAUACGGUGAGGAGAAACUAGUCACUCAGCAUCAUCAUGAGACAAAUCAAUUUGAAAUAUCACAAAGAAUCGGUGAAGCUGAGUUUAAUAUUAGCAUGCAAUUCCUUUCGUCUUUCCUCAAGACAGUUGAAGCAGGUCUUUCUAAACACCAGCAUGCAAGAAUAACAAUGAAGACAGUUCCAAAAUGCCCGAUUACUAAAAAUAAAGAACCUUGUUUACUCAUUUUUGUGACUCCAUUGGAAUCGUCCGAAUUGAAAGCCAUUGAGAGUAUGAAGCUUCAGAAAGUAAUACUUCAGGCUGACAAUGAAGUUGUCGAAGACUACAUCUCUGAACUUGAGGAACUUCAUGAAGAAUUGGCCCAAAAGACCACUUGUUUUGCAGUUUACGCGAAGCACGAAUUUGACAAUAACUUUAAAGCCAAUACUUCCAACAUUCCCUAUUACAACGACUUCUCAACAGAAAUGAAAAAAUAUGUUAACAAAUUCAUCAGCAACAGCUCUUCAAAUUGGAUACAUCCUUACUUCCAUUAUCCAGCUGAGGUUGAGGACUGGAAAGUAAAGUUCAACGUACAGCAACUGGGGAUUGAUCAACGAUCCAACGCAUAUUACCAGAAAUUCUUGAAAGAACAAUUGAAUCUCUUGAGAGUACAAAGCACCGAUGCCACAAAACGUUCAGAUAAUGAUUUUGAAUCCGUACGAAGUAGUAUGUUCAAAUUAAUGAACGGUAAAGAAGAGGAAUCAGGACCUCGUGACAGCAGUGAUAUCUCUACUUUGCAAGCUAUGCUUCGAGCAAUAUCAACGAAAAAUGAAGGAAGGAAGACCGCUUCUGAUCGAAACGUUAAAAAAGUGAUGUGGAACCAAAAAUAA